AUGGGAUUCUGCCGAUUCCUGAAUCAUUCAGACGUUCUCCGUAUACGAUCGUCGGAACUAAACCGUAUUGGGCAAGCUCUGCGACGCAUGUCUACAAUCAAUUCUGGGCCUACCUCUCGGCCUGCUUGCGUCAACCCUCCGCUGGACAUCAGUCGGCGACAAACAGAGGCUGCCACCGCCGCUGUCCGACAACAACCCACACAGUCAUCCGCGCCGAUGCAAAGUAAUCCCGCCGUCAGUGACAGUAGAUCUGCAUCCGUCGCUGGGUGGUGCAUCUGCGGGUAUUGGGCAGUUAGACUAGCGCUAUUCUAUAACUAG